GCGAAUAGAAUAUGAACGACCUAUCAUGCAAAUAUCCUUCGUUACGUCCGCCAUUUUCUUUCUUGUUUUGAUCGGAGGGGGGAACUGGAUAAAAUCCACCAUCAUCUGCUUUAUUUUAGCUCUUUACUGUUGAAUACGAUAUUGAAACUGCAGUUAAGGCAUUCCUGCUAUGGCAGAUACAGAUAAACUUAAUAUAGACAGUAUUAUAGCAAGGUUACUGGAAGUUCGAGGAUCAAGGCCUGGAAAGAAUGUUCAACUGACAGAGUCAGAAAUCCGUGGUCUUUGUUUAAAAUCACGUGAAAUAUUUCUGAGCCAGCCUAUAUUAUUGGAGUUGGAAGCACCAUUGAAAAUAUGUGGAGAUAUCCAUGGUCAGUACUAUGACCUACUACGUCUGUUUGAGUAUGGUGGAUUCCCCCCAGAGAGUAACUACCUGUUCCUAGGAGAUUACGUAGACAGAGGAAAACAGUCACUGGAGACAAUAUGUCUACUCCUGGCCUACAAAAUCAAAUACCCAGAAAACUUUUUCCUCCUCAGGGGUAACCAUGAAUGUGCAAGCAUCAACAGAAUCUAUGGGUUUUACGAUGAAUGUAAAAGACGAUACAACAUAAAGUUGUGGAAGACAUUCACAGAUUGCUUCAACUGUUUACCAAUUGCAGCCAUUAUUGACGAAAAAAUAUUCUGUUGUCAUGGAGGUUUAAGUCCAGACCUGCAAUCUAUGGAACAAAUCAGACGAAUCAUGAGACCAACUGAUGUUCCCGACCAGGGUCUCCUAUGUGACCUGUUGUGGUCUGACCCUGACAAAGAGACUAUGGGAUGGGGAGAAAAUGACAGAGGAGUCUCCUUCACAUUUGGGGCUGAAGUUGUUGCCAAAUUCUUACACAAACAUGACCUUGACCUUAUUUGUAGAGCUCAUCAGGUGGUAGAAGAUGGAUAUGAAUUCUUUGCGAAACGACAGCUUGUAACGUUAUUCUCUGCACCAAACUACUGUGGUGAAUUUGACAAUGCAGGUGCUAUGAUGAGUGUGGAUGAAACACUCAUGUGCUCCUUCCAGAUACUUAAACCCGCAGACAAAAAGAAAUUUCCAUAUGGCGGACUUAAUGCAGGUCGACCUGUCACUCCCCCUAGGGGCCAGGCCAAGGGCAAAGGGAAAAUAUAGGAUUUUGAGACUGUCAAAAUAAGGAUCCACCAUCAUGUUUUUAGUGUAGCUCUUACAACACACUGAAAUGUAAACACCAUAUCACCAGUAUCAUGCGAUUUCACAGUACUCAUCAAACAGCAACGUAAUUUGGCUAUUUACAUAAGACGGUUCACUAAGACCGACAGAGUGUUGUUAUUGGUGAAUACAUUGUGAUUAAAGCUCUUUCAUGGCAAUCCAGACAUAGGGGACUACUCAUCUGUAUUUACAUGUGUUGUACAUAUGAAGAAAAAAAAAUGGACAUAAUUGUAGCUUUUUGUGUAGUGUAAUUGGUACUGUAGAUACAUAUAUGUAAGAGCUAGGAGCAAAUCGUCAGGGCACCUGACAAUAAAGUAAUGACGGAAAUGUGAACCAGGAGAGAGAAAGAUUAGGCUGUACAUGUAGACACCUGUUAUAUAGCAAAGCUUGGGCUCUUCUGCUUUCUCCCAGUGUUCACAUUUCCUGCUGUGUUUUUCUGUGAAUUGCUAUCUUUGUAAAGUUGUUGUACUCUUGAUACUUGUAGAUAAAUACUGUACACUUUAAUAUUUUUAUCUCGAGUACAAGUAAUUUUUUUUUAAUUGUCUGUAAAUAAUUCUCUUUUCAAUAUUUAUUGUAUUAAUAUCAUUGUAAUUUUACUGCAUUCCUGGUUAUAGUACAUGUACAAUGAAAUUGCAGGUAAGCUAAAUAACAGAUACAUUCACUCCGUGUUAAUAAGGAUGUCCUACAGUGAAGCAUCUUGUAAGGAUGAAUUUGCUGUGGAUGGAAAAUUUUUAAUAGUAUGAUAGAAGAACAAAUAAAGGAUGUUUUCUAA